GGAAACCGCGGCGGCGGAGCGAGCGCGCGCUGCGCCAGAGCCGCCCCGGUCGCCGCGGACUCCACAUUCCAACGUCGCUGUGCUGCCGGUCUGGGCCUGAGUGACCGCCUUCAACCCUCGCGACAAUAAUAAAGCAUCAACAUGUCUGACGAAGAGGAAUAUUCUGGCUCCGAGGAGGAGGAAGUUGAAGAAGAAGUUGUGGAGGCACCCAUCCCCAGACAAGAGAGUAGACCGUCGAUCCCGGGUGAGGGUGAUCCAGAAUUUAUUAAGCGUCAAGACCAGAAGCGGUCGGACUUGGACGAGCAGUUGAAGGAAUACAUUAACGAAUGGCGCAAACAGCGGGCCAAGGAGGAGGACGAGCUCAAGCGCCUCAAGGAGAAGCAGGCUAAGCGCAAGGUUUCUCGCGCUGAGGAAGAAAAGCGCCUCGCCCAGAAGAAGAAGGAAGAAGAGGAAAGGAGGGUCCGUGAGAUUGAAGAGAAGAAACAGCGUGACAUCGAGGAGAAGAGGCAACGGCUUGAGGAAGCCGAGAAGAAACGCCAGGCUAUGCUCCAGGCGAUGAAGGAAUCAAGCAAGACCGGACCUAACUUUACCAUUCAAAAGAAGAGCGAUAACUUCGGCCUUAGCAGUGCUCAACUUGAGCGCAACAAGACCAAGGAACAGUUGGAGGAGGAGAAGAAAAUCUCCCUCUCAAUCCGCAUCAAGCCCCUUAACAUCGAAGGUCUUUCCGUGGACAAGCUCAGACAGAAGGCUACCGAGCUGUGGGAGUGCAUCAUCAAACUCGAAACAGAGAAAUACGAUCUCGAGGAGAGACAAAAGAGGCAGGACUAUGACUUAAAAGAGCUCAAAGAAAGACAGAAGCAGCAGCUGAGGCACAAGGCUCUCAAAAAGGGUCUCGACCCCGAGGCGCUAACAGGCAAGCACCCCCCCAAAAUUCAAGUUGCGUCAAAAUAUGAGCGACGCGUCGACACACGUUCCUAUGAUGACAAAAAGAAGUUAUUCGAAGGCGACCUAGAAAAACUGAACAAGGACUUCCUAGAGAAGGUGUGGCAAGAAAGGGCCGACCAGUUCGGCGGCAGACAAAAGGCGAGACUGCCCAAAUGGUUCGGCGAGAGACCCGGCAAGAAGAAGGGCGAACUCGAAUCCCCCGAAGGCGAGGAGGACGUUAAAGCCGAAGUUGAAGAUGAGGAAGAGCCCGUCUUUGAACCCGAACCCGAGGAGGAAGAGGAGGAAGUUGAGGAGGUGGAAGAGGAAGAGGAAGAAGAAGAGGAAGAGGAAGAAGAAGAAGAGGAAGAGGAAUAAACACGUGGAGCCAACUUCCAACAGGGUCAGAUCGCCGACUCAGAGCAGACGCGUCGGGGUGUACUGUUUUGUAACCAAUCCAUUAACUUAUCGCUAUUAUAAAUUAUUUUUAUUAAGUAUUUAUAUACUGUUGAUUAAUUCGUUACAACAACAUGGACUUUUUGCAUUCGUAUCGCGUUAUGAACAGCUAUGACGUCACAAUAAACUAAUUUAUUUCAUAAGGC